GCUUGGGAACAGGCUGCAAGGAGAGGGCAAGUCCCGAGUGGGUUCAUUCGGUUCUCAGAGUCCCGGAAGCUGAGACCAGCAGGUACCAGUCCUCGGCGACCUGUGCUACACCGGGGGCCGGGGGUGACCCAGCCCCACGCCCCACCGGGAGGACAGCCCCUGCCUCCGCGCAUCCCCAGCGCGGGCAGCGGCGAGGGUCACGCCUGAGCACCUGCAGCAAGAGGAGAAGCAGCGGCGGGACGGGGCUCCCCGCGCUCCCCACCCGAUGCCCGGCGGCGGGGCAGGGCUGGUGCAUGCUCCCCCCACCCAGGGGGGUGGGAAAAGCAGCAAUGCUGCCCGCAAGCACGGCGCGCCCCGAAGCGGCUCAGCGCGGCGUUUGUGUGUGUCGUGUUCUCCCCUCCCCGCCCCGCUGCCGCCGAUAAAUCCCACUGCCGGGGGGCAGCGCGGCACUUGGCGGCUGUUGCGCUGCGGGGAGGUGGAGGGGCCCUACCCGGCCACCCUCCCGCUACCGGGGCAGCGACCCCCACCCAGCUGGGCAGCUGGAGCUGCUGCGGCAGGAGUGCAGGAAAACAAUGACCAGAAGGAAACCUGGAAUCUUUUUGCUGCUUUGUUGAAUAUGGGAUUAUAAAACAAUAAUUUUAAAAAAUUGCAUCUGAAGCAUCUCUGUCCCUCUUUCAAAUGGGUGACUUCUGAACCUGGAACUCUUCAUUACCUGAAGAAGCAACUUCUUUCACUGUGCAUUCUGGAGGGGAAAAUGAAUUUCACAAAUUGCACCACUGAAGCCAACGUGGCUGCGAAGCCAAAAACAGUAACUGAAAAGAUGCUCGUUACACUGACCUUGGCCACAAUCACAACCUUGACUAUGCUGCUGAAUUCUGCUGUAAUUGCGGCAAUCUCCACAACCAAGAAGCUCCACCAGCCGGCAAAUUAUUUAAUAUGUUCACUGGCUGUGACUGAUCUCCUCGUUGCUGUUCUUGUCAUGCCCUUGAGCAUCACUUACAUAAUGAUAGAUAAAUGGACUUUAGGCUACUUCAUCUGUGAGAUCUGGCUUAGCGUUGACAUGACCUGUUGCACAUGUUCAAUCCUUCAUCUGUGUGUCAUUGCUCUGGACAGGUACUGGGCAAUCACAGAUGCUAUUGAAUAUGCCAGGAAAAGAACGGCAAAAAGGGCUGGGCUGAUGAUAGUCACCGUGUGGACUAUCUCUAUUUUCAUAUCAAUGCCCCCUUUGUUUUGGAGAAAUCACCACAGCAUCAGUAUUCCCAGCGAGUGUCGCAUUAAGCAUGAUCAUGUCGUCUACACUAUAUAUUCCACAUUUGGGGCAUUUUACAUCCCCUUGACUUUGAUCCUGAUCCUGUACUACAGAAUUUACCACGCUGCAAAGAGCCUUUACCAAAAGCGGGGUUCGAGCCGCCACCUCAGCAACAGGAGCACCGACAGCCAAAACUCCUUUGCCAGCUGCAAGCUCACACAGACAUUCUGUGUCUCGGACUUCUCCACAUCUGACCCGACCACAGAGUUUGAUAAAAUCAAUGCAUCUGUGAGGAUCCCUCCUUUUGAGAAUGACUUGGACCUGGCUGGUGACCGGCAGCAGAUCUCCACGACGCGGGAACGAAAGGCUGCUCGCAUUCUGGGGCUGAUUUUAGGUGCUUUCAUUUUGUCCUGGUUGCCCUUUUUCAUCAAAGAGCUGCUUGUGGGCCUCCACAUUUGCACUGUCUCUCCAGAAGUAGCAGACUUCUUGACCUGGCUUGGAUAUGUCAACUCCCUUAUCAACCCUUUGCUGUACACUAGCUUUAACGAAGAUUUCAAGCUGGCCUUUAGAAAGCUCAUCAGGUGUCGAGAACAUACUUAGAAGUACUGGGAGAUGAUGAUGCUGACAUGAGUCCUGGCCUUAAGAAUGAGCAAAAUAAUUUGAUUCUGUCAUCAUUUCCCUCAUUAAAGGGGAUUUUCGUGUUUGCCUAUUUGCUUGACUUGUCUUUAGCCUGUAAUUCAUUCUGCCGUUUUUUACCUCGUGUUAUUCACGGCAAAAAGUUUGAAAUAAAUUUAUUCUACGAAGGAAAAGAUUUUUUAGCAAUGAAACAACAAAAAAAGGAAACCAUUAGAUACUCGUGUUUAAGACAUUUUGUGUACUCAGUGAUUUGAGAAGCAAACAACAGUAUUCACUUUUAUACUUUUUCCAUUUAAGAAUCAAAUGUCUAAAUUAUCAUGCACUGUAGAAAUAUAAAGGCUUAUAAACUGAACCCCAUAAAUACGCAUUUGAAAAUUAAUAAACACUUCAUGGUCAUGACAGCUAAACAACAAAUCUCUACUGUGGCAUUCUGAGAAAACUGUAACAGCCAUUUAGAAGGAAAAUAACCAUUUCCAGGAAUUCUUCAGGAAUACUCUCGCAAAACACAAAGCAAAGUUCAGUUCAUUCCAGCUAAAAAUGGAUUCCAUUUUGUACUCCAUAGGAAUUACUUAAAUGGCUCCUUUUGUGUAAGAUUCCGGAUUUAUGGUGGAAGUAUUGGGCAGACACCUGUGCAGUUUGUUUGGCAAUUGAGAGGACGCAGCUAGCAAGUAUCACACUCAUGAGACCAGCUGCACAUCUGACUGGUCACAUUUUUGAUACCACUAACCAUACUUCUUCAGGGCUCAGGCCUUGUGCCUUGGUUAGUCCUGGGAUAGUAUUAUUCACUUCUGCCACAAUUCACUUAGACCUUUCAGAGCACAACAACCCCAUGGAUUGAUUGGUCUUACCCCACUGACUUAAACCACUGGAUAUCUUCUCAGCAGGCCACCAAUAUAUAGAAAUUCAGAAAUAUCAUCUAAAACCAAAUUGUUUUCUGUUUGAAAAGCAGGAAAAAAAAUAGACAAACUAAUUUCUUACAUAGCAGUCUGACGUCUGCCUUCUCAUCAUUUUACAAUUUGCAAUGACAUUCUUGUCAGCUUAACAUGUGAUCAGGUCUUCUAGCAGGAUCUCUUGUUCUGGGAGUCCUUCACAGAGUUACUUCCCCUGUCUUGAGAGACAGACAUGACAGAGAGUCCCUUGUAUCCUGUUUUCUGUGUUUAUGGAAUUUAAAAUGUCCUGGUUCAGAUAUUGUGAAAAUCAGGCUGGGAAGGGGCAAUAUCAAAGUUGAGAACCUGUUAUUGUCCAUUAGCAACUCCUAAACUCCAUUUAAAUACUGAUUACUUACCUUGCACCAUAAUUUUCUUCCCUCUCCAUUUUCCUGGAAAAACUCUUUCUGAAUAUACGAAUAUACCAUAUAAAAAUACCACAUACAUCAACCUAGCAUCCAGUAACAGUAAACUAUAGCAUGGCAGCUCCAAAUCCAUCAAAACAAAUAUUAGAGGUAGAAAAAGUGUUGUAACAGUAUUGGAAGCCAUCUCUGGAAAAUGUUUUGAAAAUUUACAAGAUGACAGUCAUUUUUCUUAUCAAGAGUCAAGGAAGUAUAAGUAACAUGUGAGUAAUAAACCGCAGAUGGAGCUGAGAAAUGAAUCCUUAUUGGUGAGAGAAAGCGUUCAGUUGGAAAGAUGCAGAGCUGCAAGCUGAGUGUAAAUGAAGUCUGAAGGUGACAAAAAUGGGACCUACUGCUUACCCAAAUGCAGUGGGAUUCUGCUUUAAGGACUCCAAGUUUUUCAUGCCUGAGUUUGGAAGGUUGAUCUCCAGCUGCCCUUCUGAAGCUAUUGGCACAGCUGCCUCCUCCAGCUGCGUUUGGCUUCCAUACUAGCUCAUAUUAACAUCUAAAAAGAGGAGGGAAAAAAAUCUCAGCCACUGAAAAUGUCUUCUAGUGAGGAAGCACAGAGGUCCACUAUGGUUUUUCCUUUUUGCAACUUGUUGGAGUUGCAAACUGUUGAUUGAAGCUGGGGAAGAGUGGCCUGACCCUGCCUAUUUACAAAACUUCCAAAGCAGUUCCCCAGAGUACAUAUGCUAUUAGGAAAAAAAAAAAAAUAGCUGGGAAUUAAAAUAAAAAGUAGUAUUUGUGAGAACUGCUGCAGAAUAAUUGUAUUUUUCCUUUCAGCAAGCUCAAUAGAAAUGAUUAAUGAAGAACAAGGAUUGUGCACAAUUUCCCCAAACAAGGUCACUACAGCAGGGAAGACAGGACACACAGGCAGUUGUUGCUAGAAGAGAAUAGGUUUUGCUGUCCCUUUGGCAAGAUCCCUGAUACAAGGGCGCCCAGCUACAGUAAUGAUCAGAAAGGGAAAAGUAAAUGCACACUGCUGGCAUGCAGCGUGCAGUCAUGUUUCUCAUGUAAAAGUAACAGCUCAGUUAAUUGUGUCAUCUAUACUGAUGCUCAUUCAAAUCCAGAAGCAUGUCUGAAGGACCAGAAAUGGUGAACACGACCUCCACAGCAGCUGUUGUAGGUAGGUGAAAAUGUUUCAGUCAGGUACGAAAGCUGUAAAAUACAGGAGCUGCAUCAUAAUUUCUACUAAUGUCUUUUUUUAGUAUCUGAUCUCCACUAUUACCAUUCAGACUACCAAUCAGGUUGAAGACUGUAUUCAGUUUUAAUAUUUAGAGGUAAUUAACAGGAAAAACCAGAUGGAUGGCUAAUUUUCAUGCUUCCCUGUUAAAUAAAGUCUCACCAUUCACUGCCAGCUGACUACUGCUUUUCUAAUUAAGUCAUUAGCUAAACACAGGGCUAUGUUUUCCAACAAAUGCCACUAGACGGAUAAAGAUGUCCUGUACAUUUUCUUCAUGCUCAAAGUCAGGAACAAUUUAAAGGAUUUGUUACCUAAAACAAUUUAACUUGAUCGGAAAUUACCUGUCAUCUCAUGGAAAUAAAAACUUUGCUAGUCUGGCACCACUGCUUGGCAACUUCAUUUUUUUUUCUGUGUUAAGUAUUUGCUGAAUUUACAAAGGGUUUGGAGGCAUGUCCUGAACUUUAACUUCUUGUCCACGACAACUUGCCAUUCAUACCUAUCCUGGAUCAGGCCCAGCCACACCACACUCUGCAAUGCUCUUCCCAGCAAGCUCUUAAUGAUGUAUGCAGGACCUUCAACCCACAUCCAUCUUCCUUGGCCUCUCUAAAACAUCUUUUACCCUAAAGUCUUAUUUUCCGCAAUGCUCCCCUUGUAUAGUUGUCUUCCUACCUUUCUUCCUAUAUUUCUCCAAAGGUUUUUCCUCCCCAGUCUUCCCUCUUUACAGCAGGGUUCAUACAAACCUGCCUAUUCAGCCCUUCGUCACUUCUACAUGUUUUACCUUAGUGCUAUUUCCUUCUAUCUUUACAUCCCCAACUCACCAUCCUGCCUUUUGGGUUUCUGAGUCUAAUCCCUAAAUUUACCGUGGUCCUACUGCAGUGAAACUCCACUCUCUCCCCCUGUGUCAGUGCUGUUUUCAGGAUUCCCAUGACUGUAGGUGUUCGAGUCUGCCAGGUUUUAUUCUGACAUAUAUGCGUCCAGGCCAUACCCAGAAGUUUCUCACUCUAUGUAAGCAGCCAGUGCUUUGGACUGAGUUUGUAUAUCCCUAACCCUAAAGACUGCACCCAUCAGCCAGUUGGCUUCCCCAAAAGACACUCAGCUCCUGCUCUUCUGUGCCAACCUCUUCUCCUGUGACAACCUUAAGUCUCUUCUCUGCAGGCUUUGUCUUCACCGCCACCAUCUCUUGUGUUCCUUACAGCUGAUGAUGGGCUUUCUUCCUUCUCAACACCCACUUCUGACAUGACUCCUGAAAGAAAAACAGUCAACACUGGCAGUGGGGGAAUUAUUGUGCAUGUGUUGUCUGUCCUUUUUCUCUGUCUUUCCCACAUAGACUACAUGAUCUCCUGAGUGAGCUAUCUCUCUCUAGUGCAUACCACAUCCUAGACACAGCAAAAACACGUUAAGAGCUGCAUAUGUCCUGAGCCACUUAGAUUUAAAGCUGACAGUUCCCCACCACAAUAAUGUACUGAGCUGUUAGCAGCACAUGAGAUUAAUUUUAUUCAUCUUCCUGAAUGGAGAUACAUGAUGAAAUUGAACUUUCCAAAAGUUCCUGUUCCAUCAAGUUUCUGUAAAAGGCUUGUCACUAUUCAGACUUUACUGCCACGUACCUGAGAUCUCCAGUUUUCCAAAGCUGUCACUUGUUAUUUCUCUGUGCUGCCAGCAGACUCUGUCCUUUGCAUGUACGAAGAGGGAACAAAAGAAAAAAAAAACCAAAACAAAACUAAACCAAAAAAGAAAAAAAAAAAAAAACACCCCACAAAAAAAAACAAAAAAACAAACAAACAAAACAAACAAACAAAAAAAAAAAAAAACCCCCAAAACCAAAAGCCAAACAAAAACCCCACACACUCCCAAAGAAAGAACAAAACCACCAAAACCCGCCACAAACAAUCAGACAAACAAAACAACGCAACAAAACCACACACCCCCCAAAAAGAAAAGUGACUUUAUUUUGGACAAGGUGUUAAAAGAAUGAGGGAGUUUUUUCUAAGGACUCUGCUUCCACUCCUCUGUUUUCAAUCCUGUUCAUCAAAAAGUAAAGAGCAUUGCAGUGUUGAGGGGAAAUACAGGCUUCCAGCACAAGUACAGCAAUUGUCCUUGUGCCUGUGUAUUUAACCAUUGCCAGUAUCAGUAACAGACAGGCUAGUUUAUGUUCAUCUUUGACACACCCGAAUGAUUUGUAUGAAGAAUUGUCUUAAAUUGUUUAAGUGGACACAGUAAAUAUUGUGAUAUCUCUUAUUGGUCUAGUCAAUAUGUUACAAGUUGUAUUUCACGAGAGUCCCAUACAACACAUACUCCCUUUGUGUAUUUGUAUAUACUCCCUCAUUGCUGUUUUUCUCUUGAGGCCGAAAGAAUAAAUUUUUUUUAAAUUAUCUGA